AUGAUAGUGUCGAGGAGAGCACCAACGAGAUCCUCCCUCAACACCCUCCGCAAUCUCCGCCGGGCCUACUACCUCCGCGCAAGCGAAGACGGAGCCAACCUCAAACCCUCGGCUGAUAAACUUCAACGGGAACUUAUCCUUUCAGUCCUAGAAGCCCACCCCUCCGCUCGAGACUCCAGGCUAUACCUCAAAUCAUUUGCUCCCACAUCGAAGAAGAUAGCCAAAACCCCAUCCGCUUCAAACCCCAAGUCCCCAAGUCAUGACACCUUCAAUCCUGGAUUCCCUACCGGCGAAGCUAUGCCUACCACCGCCACCCUAGCCGCUUCAAGCUCAUCAUCCACCUUCGUCCAACCCACCCAAUCAAACACCAGCCGCAAGACUCAAAACCGCGACCUGACCCAGCUGAUUCUAUCCACACCCAAUCACCACACCGGCCUCAUCAAGAUCCAAGGCCCGUUUACCGAUCGACAGCUACAGAGCAUCGUGGAUGGAGUCAUCUAUCUCAAAACACUCGGUCUCAUGUCCAUCAUCGUCUUAGACGAUGAAGCCUGGCAUUACCCUUCAUACACCAGUCUGACUGCCAAAUCCAAGCCACCUGCCAUCCUUCAUUCGAUCAACCCAUCCGAAAACCGUCGCCAGGCUAUCGGGCGCGAGACCGCCAGAUUGUCAGCAAUGCUCGAGAGUCGGGGUGGUCAAAGUCGGCCGAUCUACGAGGGUGUUUUGAGACUGACGGACGAUCGUAAUCAGGAUGGCGAUGGCCUCGACCUGCACAUUGACAAUCUGGACGUACUCAAAUCAGCUAUCAAAAAUCGGGAAAUCCCAAUCAUCCCGCCCAUUGCCAUCAAUUCGUCUUGCGCAACCAUAUGUAUCUCGGCCGAUGAAGUCGUCAAGUCUCUGGCCAAGGGUCUUGCGGCAGUUGGUAGAAGUCCUGAUACCCUCAAUCACUCAAUCGAUCCGCUCACUGCAUAUCACGGCCAAUCUGCCUCCGUCCGAUCAGAGACCGAGCAACAAGAUAUCAACCCGGUGGACACAGACCGGCUUGCAGAAGAGGAAGAAGAUGAACUUGACUUGACUCCUCUCAGACUGAUGAUCAUCAAUCAAGAGGGUGGGAUCCCCUCUCCAGCUCGAAACGGACAUCCACAUCUGUCGAUCAACCUUGCCUCAGAAUACGAAUUCAUCAACGAAACAUUCCGCUGGGCCGAUUCUCAUCCGACCUCCCUCGCGAACCUUUCGAUGGCCAAAUCCUGUCUCAAGUAUCUACCCAACGAGAGCAGCGCAAUCAUCGUCUCUCAUCGCUCACCCAAAAGCUUGAUCGCCAAUCUGAUCACCAACAAACCCGCCCACUCCCCCAGCCUCAAGCACUCCAUCCUCCUCAACCAUGCACGAGAUAUCGGACUGGCUACACCCACGCUGAUCCGCAAGGGACUGCCGAUCAAAGUCAUCAGAGGCGUCGACAAUCUCGAUCUAUCCAAACUCAAAGAUCUCUUGGAAAAAUCAUUCAAGAAAACGUUGGACCAUCAGCGGUACUUCGAGCGGCUCAAAACUUCGCUAAGGUUUGUGAUUCUUGCGGGCGACUACCAGGCCGCGGCGAUCGUGACAGAUGAGCGGGAGAAGGGAUGCUCGACGGAAGAUUCAGAGGGAACGCCGGAGCCGAUUGUAUAUCUGGACAAAUUUGCGGUCCUGCCAUCCUUACAAGGCGAAGGGAUUGUUGACUUCUUGUGGGGGGCGUUGAGAGAUGAAUCGUUCGGGCUGGGCAACCUAGAUGCGUUGAACAACAACGGCGGGCUGAGCGGGUUAGGCGAGCCGGUGGACCUCGUCUGGCGGUCACGGACGGACAACCCCGUGAACCGGUGGUACUUCGAACGCUCGAACGGGUUCAUCAAGCUCCCCCCUCUCCCAGCUCCAACUCCGACUCCAAAUUCGUCCGCCAAAAGACCCAACUUCAGCCUGUUUUGGUGUGCCGCCGAUCACCCGGCUCCUCUUGACAUCAAGCACAACCAUUCUGCUCCCAACACUUCUCGAGAUCCUUCUUCGUCCCCUCUCAUCGACAUCCUGCGAUCCACUAAACUUCAGACUUGGUGUCGCGUUAUCAACCAGAUUCCUAGCUGCUGGACGUCUUGA